AUGGCCGUCACCAUCACCAACACCGUUACGCCUCUGCCCAAGCUCAAGCUCAACACUGCUGGCAAGGAUCCCAUUCCCAAGUGGGUACCACCGCCAGAGACCCAGGAGGACCUCGAGUGGCAGGACCUGCGCGUCCUUGACCUCGCGCUCCUCGAUGGCACGCCCGAGCAGCAGAAGCAAGUUGAGCAGACAUGCAAGGAUGCUGUCACCAACGAAGGGUUCUUGCUGAUCGUCAAUCAUGGCGUCGACGAUAACACCAUGCAGCGCGUCUUUGACCUUGCCAAUUGGAUCUGCAACGGGGACGCCAUGAGCGAUGAGGAUAAGAAGGAGUACGAAUGGGACCGUGAGAAUGGAGACUGGAUGGGCUACAAGCCCCCCAAGGGUUGGGGUGAGAAAGGGCGGGAGGACUACGACCAUAUCGAGGCGUACAACUUCUACGGCGCAUGCUGGGAGAAGAACCGCCUCCCACCGAAGAUCAGGCCCUAUGCCGACGAAAUCCUGGCGUACGCCGAUCACAUGCAUAACCACGUGGGUCGUCGACUAUACCUCCUCCUUUCACGCAUUCUCGGUCUGUCCGACGAGGCCCUAUGGCAGAAAGUUCCAGGCAAAAAUUCCAUCUUACCGCACUCGUCCUACUGUCGCUUCCAAGUGUACCACCCGCUGAAGGACGAGGACAGAGCGACAGCUGAUAACAUCUUGCCCAACCACACCGACCACGGCGCUACGACGUUCCUGCCUAGCCAGCCGGUCAGCUGUCUCCAGAUCCUGGGCAAGGACCAGAAGUGGCGUUGGGUGCCUUACCGGAAGGGUGCACUCGUCUGUAACUUGGGCGAUGUGAUGGAGAUCCUGUCGGGAGGGAUCUUGAAGGCGACGAGGCACAGGGUGUGCAAGCCUCCUGCCGAUCAGCAAGGCUAUGAGCGAGUCUCGGUCUGCUCAUUCAACCACGCCGACCAGGAUCUUGCCUUGGAACCACUUGAAAAUGCCCCCCUCAUCAAGCAACUUGGAGUACAGCGCGACUCUGAGGUGUACGGCGCGUUCUGUAAAGCGAUGGAACGCGGGGAGAAGAUUCCCAAGUUUGGCGAGUGGAAGACACUGCGCAACAAGAAUGCCCAGGAACCCACAUCCAAGUUCGUAGAGAUAAAUGGUGUGCCGCACAGAGAACACAUUGUUGGUGGCGUCAAAGUAUAUCGCCAGAUCUAG